UCUCAUCCCUCCGUAGCUUAAGAGAACACGUGUCGCAAUGUGGUUGGCCCCCCGCUUUCCUCCUGCUCCUCCUCCUCCACAUGGCCGCCGCCGCCGCCACCCCGUCUCCCUCCGUCUCCACCAUCGCCGCGUGCAAACACUCCCUCUAUCCCAAGCUCUGCCGCGCCAUCCUCGCGCCGUUACGGCUUCCCUCCAACCCCUACGAGUACGGCCGGUUCUCCGUCAAGCAGGCCCUAAAGCGUGCCCGCCGGACCUCCAAGCUCCUCGACCACUACCUCGCAGGAGGCGGAGGCUGGGCGAGGCGCGCCGGCGGUGGAGCCCUCGAGGAUUGCCGCCAGCUGAACGACCUCAACUUGGACUACCUCGAGGCCGUCGCGGCCGAACUCGGCCCGGGCGAGUCGGUCCUCACUCUGGCCGGCGUGAACCGGGUACGGGCUCUGAUGAGCGCCUUGGUCACCAAUCAGCAGACCUGCUUCGACGGCCUCGAAGAUUCCGGAAUCUUCCCAGAGCUUUGCGGCGCCUUCUCCCACGAGACCCAGUUCUACGGCGUCUCGCUCGAGCUGGUCAGCGCCGCGCUGGACCGGACCGUCGGGAACCGGUUCGAGCCCGACUCGCUCCCAGGUGAGGACUGGGAACUAAAAGCUUGCGUCCAGUCCCCAGACAGUCUAGUUGUCUGUGCAUUCACUCUCGGCUUUUCGCCAGCUUUUGGUUUGCCGGCGAUGGGACGGAAUCUUAUGCAUUUGGAGAACGGCGAGGUGGUGCGCACAAACCAGUCGGUGACGGUGGCUCGCGACGGGACUGGGAAUUUCUCGGCGAUUGCAGACGCCAUCGCGUUCGCUCCUAACGAUACGUCGACGGACGAUGGGUAUUUCGCGAUCCAUAUCGGCGCGGGAGUGUACGAGGAGAACGUGGUCGUGGGGAAGAAAAAGACGAACCUGAUACUGAUCGGCGCGGGGAAAAAUCGGACGGUGGUCACCGGGAACCGUAGCGUCGCCGACGGAUGGUCGACCUUCGGCACGGCGACUUUCGCGGUAUAUGGCCAGCGAUUCAUAGCCACCGACAUCACCUUCGAGAACACGGCCGGGCCGGAGAAGCACCAGGCGGUGGCCGUCAGGAACAACGCCGACCUCUCGAGCUUCUACCGGUGCAGCUUCCUGGGCUACCAAGACACCCUCUACGUCCACUCCCUCCGCCAGUUCUACCGCGACUGCGACGUCUACGGCACCGUCGACUUCAUCUUCGGCAACGCCGCCUCCGUCUUCCAGAACUGCACCCUCUACGCUCGCAAGCCCCUCCCCAACCAAACCAACGCCAUCACCGCCCAAGGCCGCACCUGCCCCCACGAAGCCACCGGCAUCUCCAUCCACAACUGCACCAUCCGAGCCGCGCCGGACCUGGAAGCUGCCCUCAACUCCACCAAGACCUUCCUCGGCCGGCCGUGGAAGGAGUACUCGCGGACGGUCUACAUGCAGUCCUUCAUCGAUCAUCUCAUCGAUCCACUUGGAUGGAUGGAGUGGAACGAGACCUUCGCAUUGAGCACGUUGUACUAUGGGGAGUUUGAGAACUCAGGGCCGGGGGCGAACACUGGUGGCAGGGUGUGGUGGCCGGGUUAUCACCUCAUGAAUGCGUCGGAUGCUCUGAAUUUUACUGUAUAUAACUUUACCAUGGGUGAUGCUUGGUUGUCUUGCACUGCCAUACCUUACUCCGGCGGGCUGCUCUAGCUGUGAGGUUGUUUGGUUGAGCAAUUAGUACUGAUUUUUGCUCAGGGUUUAUAGGGCAUUCUGAUCUGAUUGUUGUGUCAUUUUUUUAUAUAUAUAUGAUGCAUAUCUGGGCAAUUACCUUCUUAAAUUAGUAAAGUUUUACUUGUAAUAGAU